AUGGCUAGUAAUAUGCAGGCUCCUGGGCCGCCUCAGCCUCCCAGGCCUCCCAUGAUGGGUUCUAGUGCCCAGCCACAAAAUCUUGGACCACCAAUGCCUAUGCAGUUUAGGCCAGUGGUUCCUUCGCAGCAGCCUCCUCAGUUCAUGCCGCCAGCAGCACAGCAGUUUCAUCCUGUUGGUCAGCCUAUGCCGGGGGCUAACAUUGGCAUGCCUGGGCAAAUGCCACAUUUUCCACAACCUGGGCAGCACUUGCCUCACUCAAAUCAAGUUCCACCUGCGUCACAAGGGGUUCCCAUGGUAUAUCAGCCAGCUAGACCAAUGUCAUCAGCGCCUAUGCAGCGGCAGCAACAAACUGCGUAUCCUGGGGGCCAUUUGCCCAGCAUGGGUGCCCCUAUGCAACCCCCGACCUAUACAUAUCAACCAACAUCGAUUCCUCCUGUAGUGCAACCCUGGGGUACAGGCCCAGGACAGAAUGUACCUCAUGUGCCUCCUCUAGUGCAGUCUGGGCACCAGCCAGUGUCAGCUCCAACAACUUUGCCUUCAGUCAACUUGUCUGAACCUAGCUCUUCAGACUGGCAGGAGCACACUGCAGCCGAGGGGAAAAAGUACUACUAUAAUAAGAAGACAAGGCAAUCAAGUUGGGAGAAACCAGUUGAGUUGAUGACACCUUUGGAGAGGGCUGAUGCCUCAACCGAAUGGAAAGAAUUUACUACACCAGAAGGACGAAAGUACUAUUUCAACAAAGUGACCAAGCAAUCAAAAUGGACUAUUCCUGAUGAGUUAAAGGUUGCACGUGAAUUGGCAGAGAAGGCAUCAAAUCAACAACCUGAUCGAGAAUCAGGAAUAGCUGCCAGUGCUCUUGUUGGAUCUGCUGCCUCUGAACCUUCUACUAUACCUGCUAAUCAGUCUUCAUCUGCUGUUGGUAUAAUUGCUCCCAGCUCACAUGAUGGGUCAUCAAACUCUGUUCCUCCUGGUGCUGCCCUGUCGCACAACGUGGAGAACACUUCCAGUUCAAUUGUUGGCAUGCAAAAUGGUGGUCCAAGUACUGCUGUUGUUCCUGUUGCAACAAGCACAGAAGUUCCAUUAGUUGCAACAGAUGCAGGGGCCAGCAGAAACAACAAUGAAAAUUCAUCUCUGACCACUGGGGCUGACACAGAGGAUGGUACAUCCGCUGAAGAUUUGGAGGAGGCCAAAAAGACCAUGCCAGUUGCAGGGAAGAUUAAUGUCACUCCACUGGAGGAGAAAACAAGUGAAGAAGAACCUGUAGUCUAUGCCACUAAGAUGGAAGCAAAAAAUGCGUUCAAGUCCCUGCUCGAGUCAGUAAAUGUUGAGUCUGAUUGGACAUGGGAUCAGACUAUGAGAGUCAUCAUAAAUGACAAAAGAUAUGGUGCUUUGAAAACUCUUGGAGAGAGAAAGCAAGCUUUCAACGAGUACUUGAACCAGCGCAAAAAAUUCGAAGCCGAAGAAAAACGUGUCAAACAGAGGAAAGCACGUGAUGAUUUCCUUGCAAUGCUGGAAGAAUGCAAGGAGCUCACAUCAUUGACAAGAUGGAGCAAAGCAAUACUUAUGUUUGAAGAUGAUGAAAGGUUCAAAGCAGUUGAGCGUCCAAGGGAGCGUGAAGAUUUAUUUGAGAACUAUCUUGUGGAACUGCAUAAGAAGGAAAAAGCCAAGGCUGCUGAAGAACACAAAAGAUAUGUAGCAGAAUACAGAGCUUUUCUAGAAUCAUGUGACUUCAUCAAGGCAACUACUCAGUGGAGAAAAGUUCAGGAACGUCUGGAAGAUGAUGAACGCUAUUCGCGACUUGAGAAGAUCGAUCGCUUGGAUAUUUUUCAAGAGUACAUACGGCACCUGGAGAAAGAAGAGGAAGAGCAGAAGCGGAUACAAAAGGAUCAAGUGAGAAGACAAGAGAGGAAAAACCGUGAUGGGUUCCGUAAAAUGUUGGAAGAACAUGUCGCUGAUGGUACACUUAACGCAAGAACUCGGUGGCGUGAUUACUGUGCACAGAUAAAAGAUUCAGAGUCUUACUUGGCUGUAGCCUCAAACACAUCUGGCUCCACACCGAAAGAGCUAUUUGAUGACGUGAUCGAGGAACUUGACAAACAGUAUCAAGAAGACAAGACCCAAAUCAAAGAAGUGGUGAAAUCUGGAAAGAUUCCUAUGACAACUUCGUGGACAUUAGAGGAAUUCCAAACUGCUAUUUUGGAGGAUGAUGCUCUUAAAGGAAUAUCAACCAUCAACGUCAAGCUUAUCUAUGAUGAUCAGCUUGAAAGGCUCAGGGAAAAAGAGCAAAAAGAGGCUAAGAAGCGCCAGCGGUUGGGUGAAAAUUUUUCAGAUCUUCUGUAUUCAAUCAAGGAAAUAUCAGCUUCUUCAACCUGGGAUGAUUCUAAACAGCUUUUCGAGGAUAGCCAAGAGUUCAGGGCCUUGGACAGUGAGACUUAUGCUAGAGAGCUUUUUGAAGAGUGUGUUGUCCACCUGAAAGAAAGGUUAAAAGAGAAAGAACGUUUGAGGGAGGAAGAAAAGGCAAAAAGAGAGAAAGAACGUGAGGAGAAAGAGAAGAAGAAAGAGAAAGAGAAAGAAAGGAAGGACAAAGAACGCAAAGAAAAAGAAAGAGACCACCGGGAGAAGGAGAGAGAAAAGGAAAAAGGGAAGGAUCGAUCAAGGAGAGAUGAAAUGGAGCUUGAUGGUGCUGAUUUGGACACCCAUGGUACAAAAGAUAAGAAAAGAGAUAAAGAUAAAGAAAAGAAACAUAAGAGACGCCACCAUGACACAGAUGAUGUAAGCUCUGAAAGGGAUGAUAAAGAUGAUGCUAAGAAGUCUCGGAGGCAUAGCAGUGAUCGCAAGAAAUCUAGGAAGCAUGCACAUGGUUCAGACUCGGAUAGUGAAAACCGGCACAAAAGACAUAAAAAGGACCGAGAUAGUAGCAGAAGAAAUGGACAUGAGCUAGAAGAUGGUGAACUUGGAGAAGAUGGAGAGUACCACUUGUCGUUUCUUUCCUUUUUGCAUAAUCAAUGUGCGGGUUUUGGGGUAGUUGCACAUAUUAUUCUCUGGAAAAGGUGCAGCACUUUAACCAUGUGGUUUGCUUCAUGUGGAUGGUUUGUAUUUGGGUACAUCAGUACAUGGGAGCUGAAAAGUGUGAGUGUGCCUUAA